UCUCUCUAUCUCUCUCACUUAUCCUCUAGCUCUCUCUCUCUCUUUCUCUCUCUCUCACUUGAGAAAUUUAACUUAACCAAACCAAAGCUAUCUAUCCAUCUAUUCUAGCUAGCUCUCAAUCAAUAUCUGUGAAGGAUUUGCUGGCAAAGAGAGAAGAUAUAUACCAUCAACUCAAACUCUCUGCACACAGAGAGCUUAUAACAAGAGACCCACAAGUGAUCAUUGAUUUCAUCAAAAAAAAAAAAAAACAAUUAUGGUCACUUAUACUGUGAGGAGUGUGUGUGAGUGUUCGGAAUGAUCAGAUGUUUUAAUUCGUUUGCCUAGCUAGCAGGCCUAGUGCUUAUAGGUUGGUUAGUUCGUUAGUUACUUCAUCUUUAUCAAGAAUCUAUUUACUCAUCCAUGGAUGGAGAUAGUGGCAAUAUCCGCUGGCCAAAUUUUCCAUUGCAGUUGCUAGAGAAGAAAGAAGAAUAUCAAGAGGAAGAAGAAGAUGAUGAGGAUGAGGAUAAUAAUAAUAAUAAUAAUAAUAAUAGUAACUUGUGUUCAUCGAGAUCUGGUGGUUAUAAUCCCUCAUUAUCGAUAUCUGCUGAAGCAACGACUUCGAACACUAUGAUUGGAUCGAAUUCAGGUGGAAAUCUUUUAACAACGACGACCGAUCAUGAUAGUAAUCAGUUGCCAUUGGUUAAAAAGCCACCGCCGAAGCGGACGUCAACGAAAGAUCGACAUACGAAAGUGGACGGUCGUGGACGUCGAAUACGUAUGCCGGCUGCAUGUGCUGCUAGGGUUUUUCAAUUAACUAAGGAAUUAGGUCACAAGUCUGAUGGUGAAACUAUUGAGUGGUUAUUGCAACAGGCUGAACCGGCUGUUAUCGCCGCUACCGGAACUGGUACAAUUCCUGCUAAUUUCACUUCUUUAAAUAUUUCACUUCGUAGCUCGGGGUCUACUAUAUCUGCUCCGUCACAAUUUAUGAGAAAUGCAUAUUUCAAUCAGAGUUUUCUCACUCCACAGCUGAGAAUGAGAAGUGAAUGGGAACGGAAUAUCGAUGAAUCUUCCUCUCAGCGGCAGAAUUUGUUUGCGGGUGGUGGGUUUUCAUCGGAGAAUCCAUCAUCUAGUUUACUCAAUUUUGCUGCUGCCAGUAAUAUGAUGAACCCUAAUCUUUUACAUGCUAAGCAAGAAUUCCAUGAAAUGUCAUCAAAUACCGCAGAUCAUCAAGGAAAUAUAGAAAGAAAAAAUGUCAUUUCUACGUCUAUCACAUCACAGCAGCAACAACAACAACAACAACAUCAAAUGGGAAGUUAUUUAUCUACAAAUCAUGGUCAACAAAUCCCAGCUGCAGCUGCAUUUUGGAUGGUUUCGAACCCUAACAACAGCAAUAACCAAGUUAUGAAUACUAGUGAUAAUCCUCCUCCUAUGUGGCCAUUUCCAUCAUCAGUUAGUAAUAGUAAUGCAACUCAUGGAGGAGGGUCUAUGUCAACUAGUACCAACUCAGGGUUACAUUUUAUGAAUUUCGCAACACCUCUGGCUUUAUCGCCUAGCCAACAAUUAGGUCUAGGUAUGGGGUUGCGUAGUGGCGGUGUUACAGCCGAGGGGCAUCUUGGUAUGCUAGCUGCACUUAACGCCUACAGUCAGGCGCCAGUUCAUGGCAGUGGGGGUAGUGGUGCUGGUGGUUCCGAUGAUCCCCAAACAAGUGGUUUUCAUUCACAACAUCAUCAUCAUGGCGCAGGGAAUGAUCAUGACCAACAGCAACACGACACAAGUAGUCAUCACUCAUAGAUUGAUUCAUUAAAAACAAGUAUGGUUGAUUUAUUUUUUCUCUUAUCUGUUAUUUUAUUUUAUGUUUAAUCGUCGCCAAAACUUCGCAGGUUGAAUUAUUUUCAAUUUUCUUGGAGUAUUUUAGAGUCGGUCCAUUUUUUAUAUAUAUAUAUAUAUAUGAUGUAUUAGGAUAUGAAUCUGCUAGGGUUUGAGAAGAUUGAUGAACACUACUACAUAUCAAAAUUGAAUAUUUAUUGGUUAAUUUAAUUUACUUGUAAUAUAAAUAGUGAUUGCGAUUCAAGAACAAGGUUGAUUCAUUCUUA